GUCGUGUUCGUCGUUUGGUUUCGAAUUGUGUAUAAGAAUUUUUGUAAAAAUUAGUGAAUAUAUCAGUAUUCAGAGUGCAAGAAAAAAGAAAAACCCUUAACGGAAGUGGAGUGUAUCGCAGAACGGUCCAACGUACUCGUUCCUCGAGGUCAAGGUUAUCCGCGACCUGAACGGAUUUUCGAGGAUGAACCACAACAACAGUAGUCGCCACACGUCGUUUACGUUCGCCAAUGGUGGAGGACUUGGCGGACGUGCUGAAACGAGCAACAGUAAUUUGAGCCGAACACUGAGCAGUCCGAUGGCAGAAUCUACUCAUCUUGACAGCAGUGGCAUUCGGGGGAAUUUGUACGGCAGUCCGAUUCGGCAGAAUCAACAACAGGCGACAGGGGUGGUUAAGCGUAAGCCAACGUCUCCAUUGCAGAACCGGUCCGUUUUCGUAAGAAGCAGUGGGAACUUGUCACCCAUUGCAUCGACUUCCGGGUUGAAUCGAAUCGAUCCACUAAUUUACACCGACGCGCAGAGCCGCGGGUUGGUUAGUCGACUGAUAAAAUAUCACGAUAAAACUCAAUCACCACUGAAUCGAAGUCAGUCUAUGACCAGCCUAUACAACAAGCCCGGUCAGUUUCCAGUGGUACACUUGAAGAAGACGGAAAUAAAGUACUCACCUCGUCGUAACAAUUCUGUCACAUCCGUACGGAUCGCUCCGCCGGAGAAAUCUGUUUUCCAGGCCAACACUAGAUCGAAUAUCUUGCGUGCCGGUUCGCUGUUGAUCCCAGCGGAACCGCACCACAAAAUGGCUCGUACUCAGCAAGGGGAAGAGAUUGACGCUGAAAACCGGGUGAUUGCACCAACCGCUGAGCUGGAAACAGCCCCGACUAAGAGUGUGCUGGACGCAUUGAAGGAGAUUUCUCGAAAGCGAAUCAACAAUGAGGAGCUGGAUGCAGACCGGAUUAAAAAACAAUGUAAGGAUUUAUCGGAAGUGGAUUCCGGUGGCGGAGGCAUAGGUGGAACUGGCAUGAAACGAACACGAGAGCUAGCUGGGUCAGCAUCUCCGCCCUCGCAAGGCUCGCUUGAUCAACAAAAGAAGCGAUUAUGUAGUAAAAAUAACGAUAUUUCAAGCUCACUAAGCUCCAGUUUGGUGAUGAAUACUCCAAAGCGAGCGGCCGAUACGGGCCCUCCUAGACCGGGAAGAUUAAAUGUAGACCAAACAUUUUCGACACCAGCUGCCUUACUUCCAACGACUGUGUCCAGAACGGUUGAAACUGGAGCAGCGGUGAAGACAGUGCAGGUUGAAGCAGCUCCGCUGCCUGAAGUUAAAACGCGUGUGGUGGAAGCGCAUUCACCACCCAAAAAGCAGCAGCAAAAACAGCCGCGACUGACCUUGUUCAACAAAAAGUACGAUGAAACGGUCGUCCGACCCGCUUCUACAGAUAGCGAAGAUCAGGGCGACGAAGAUGACGAGCUCGGUGCACGAAUUAGCUUUAUAAAACCGAAAGAUCGGUUACCGGUACUGAACAGUGACAAGUUUGCGCUUAAAAAAGUGGAGAAAUCAAAAUUGUCAUUGAUUUUGAGCUGUCUGAGUGAUGACGUUGAUAGUGAGAAUGAAGCAUCUCCAACUCAAAGUGUGAUGAUUGCAAAGGAUACCAUCGAUGCACCGUCGAAAGUGAUCGAAAAGAAACCGGAAGAGGUGGCUGCUCCUAAGCUGUCCGGCAUCUCUGCGUUGAUGAAUAGCCCUAUUAAGGAUCCCGGUUUAGGCAAGAUAGAACCGCAAAAACAAACCGAAUCAAUUAAAAUAAUCGAAACAUCAAAACCAAGUGGAGGAUUCUCGCUCGGAUCAUCUACUGUUACACCGGCUGCGCCGGCUGUGGUUCCCCAAACCCCUUCCAAACCGGUUGAGAAAAGUUUCGCUUUCGGGACACCGACUAAGCCCGUAGAAGGCACUUCUUCUGGGGGAUUUUCCUUCGGCAACACAGUCACAACACCAGUGAAAUCGGAUGCUCCUCCGAGUUAUAAUUUCCCAUCCACAGCCAAAAGUUUAGCACCUAUUCAACCCAUAUCAACGUCUACGGUGGGUAAUUCACCGUCAGCAAUUUCCAAGACCACUUCUACAGCUGAUACUUCGGUCACGAACAACCUCAUCAGUUUCUCUCCGGCCCCGGUGACCGCAAUCAAGCCCACUGCUGAGAAGAUAAGUUUUACGGCUCCACCCGCGAGUCCGACAAAAGCUCCAAUUCCGCCUACGGCUGUUUUCGGUAGUGGCAGUGGAUUCAGUGCUUUCAAACCGCCUAAUACGUCGCCAACCUCGGCAGCCACAACGACAACACCAGCUUUUGGUGGUACUUUAUCCGCAACAACAGCUCCUUCCACAACUGUAAAUACUGGAACUUUUGCGUUCGAUGCUACCGCUUCCAAACCAAUUACAACCGGCCCGUCGAGCAGUUUUUCCUUUGGCGCAGGCGCGUCCAUCAAUCCAGUAACAACAGUUGUUACAACGACGACACCAGCAGCGGUCUCCUCGAAUCCAGCCUUUGACAGUUUCCGAACUGCUGCAGCACCAGCGACGACAACAGCCGCUCCAGUCUUCGGUUCUUCAACGACAGCUCCAACUUUCGGAGCAACCCUACCUACUCCUGCCUUUGGCUCGAACAACACAUUCGGUGGAUUCGGAGCCACCACUAACGUUACUGCAACCAGCAACGUUUUCGGAGCCGCAUCAACGACUGCAAGUGCUAAACCCGAAACCAAGCAACCAACUUUCGGUCAAUCAUCAAUCAUCGAUUCAAGCUUCUCAUUUAAAGCAAAACCAACAACGGCUACCGCUGCAACACAUCCUUCCGCUCCGUUGAAUUCAAGCAGCUCUUUCUCAUUUGGCACAUCUGGCAAUGUCACAUCUAACCAGCAAUCCGCGAACAUUUUCGGAAGUGCUAUCGCUAAGAAUACCGCUAAUAGCAGCGCAAACAACAACAUCAGCAACGACACCCGUACUUUCGGCGCAAUCGCUGCCAGCAAUUCAAUUCCGGCGGCUACCUUUGGUACCGUCAACAAUGCCUCUUCCGCCGCAGCAAGCCAACCCUCUCCGUUCGGAACAGCUAGCAGCAACAGCACCACCAGCAGUGCCUCAGUAUUUGGCACCCCGGCAAACAACAACACCGCUCGAGGAAACACCGCAUUCGGUGCCGGUCCGGUGUUCGGAUCGGGCUCAAGUAACACCAACAGUACGGCACCAACAGCUGGUGCCGUUUUCGGAAACACUUCGAACAGCUCCCCGUUUGGGUCGACGGCCACGAUGCCAAGCUCUGCGACAGGAAUGUUUGGUUCUGCGGUAGCAUCUCCAACUAACAACACCAACCAAAAUCAGGCGGCACCCAGUGGAGGCGCAUUUUCAUUCGGUGCUUCGUCGGCUGCCCCUGCAGCCGCAUCGACCACCAGCAAACCCUUUUCCUUCGGUGGAAUUAACAACAGCAACAACAAUAAUAGCAACGUUUCUAGUCCACCAGCGGCUCCUUUAAAGUCCAACAGUUUCUCUUUUUCGGCGGGAUCAAACGCAGUGUCACCUACGGCGACUCCUUUGACAGGAAGUUCUUCCACUUUCAGUUUUGGUGGAGCUGGAACCAACAGCAGCGCCAACAAUGUCGCAGCUCCGAACGCGCCAUUUGGAGGCAACGCCGGUAAUACAUUUUCAUUUUCGUCCAAUGCCGCUUCCGCAAGCAACAACGUAAACGGUCCGAAUCAAGCAGUGGUGAAACCAUUCUCUUUCGGCGGAACCAACGUCAAUCAGUCGGCGGCACCGGCACCGUCCGGAGGAAUCUUUGGCAGUGGUGCACCCAUCGCACCGGUUUCAUCAAACCCCCCGCCUCCGGCAUUUAACUUUUCCGCCGGAACUAAUCAACCGACGGGUGCAUUCUCGUUCAAUAGCGCUGCAGCCGCUCCGGUGGCACCCGGGGGUCCCUUCUCGAUGCCAAAUGGAGCCGUAGCAGCACCGAUGUUUAGCAUAGGAACGGGCGGCGGUAAUCAGCUACCACCCAAUCGAAGGCCGAUCCGGCAAGCGACUCGACGACACAAAUGAGAGGUGACGAAAACCAUCUUCAGUAUGACAGUGAUUUAGAUGUUAUUUUUUUUUGUUCCGGCUUUUUUGUAUCAUUGUAUAGGUAUAAACUUUAUCGUUUAUGUUUGCUUAUUAAGAGCAUGUUUCUAGCAAACAGAAAUUAUUUUCUACUGCAAAAACACGGCUCAGACAGUACCAACCAAAUUGCUUGGGACGAUAAUGUCGUCGAUAUUGUAGUAAAUUAUACGAAU